AUGCCCAGGUCAAAGAAAGGGCCCGGUCCGCCACCCGGGGACAUUGACACAUUCUCAACGGAUGCGGAGGCACGCAGGACACCCUCAGAGAAGACGUCCCCUCUCAGCAAAUACAUCGAGACCGAGCACCAGCAAGCGGGGCUCUUCUCUCUUUCCCCCCUGGACGACUCGCCGGACGCCGCCGCCGCCGCCGCCGACCUGCAGAAGAAAAGGAGGAAGAAAUGCGGCGACUGCGGCCCCUGCCUCCGCAGGGAGAACUGCGGGAGCUGCGCCAACUGUUUGAACCGCAAGACGGGCAAGCAGAUCUGCAAGCUGCGCAAAUGUGACCAGCUGAAGAGGAGACGGGAGGAGUGGGAGGUGAGCGUGGCGCCGGCGGCCAUCGUGUAAUUACACUUGUUGUUUAAGGGCAAUAACUGCAUAGGGUUGGC